CGGAGCCCCCAGGGGAGCAGCACGUGUUCUUCCUGAGGGGCACCGAGGAGCUGCAGGAGGGGUUCCACCGCAUGAUCGAUGAGAGCUCCACCCUGGACCUGUGCGGGGUCAGCCUGGAGUUCUCCAAGGCCGAGGAGCGCGAGAGGAACCCCUGGGAGGUGACGGUGACAGUGACGCGGCCCGGGCGGGGCCAGGAGCGCUGCCAGGGGUCACUCGUGUCCCCCUACUUCGUGCUGACCGCUGCCCACUGCUUCACCCUGGAGGACCAGCCGGCCUGGCUGGGCGUGGACAUCGGCCUGCGGGAGCGCCGGGGGGUGGCGGGGGCUGUUCCUGCACCCCGAGUUCCGCCUGGGCGCUCGGCGCGACCGCGGCGUCCCCGAGUUCUACGACUUCGACGUGGCCCUGGUGCAGCUGGACCGGGCCGUGCCCCCCUCGCCCACCCACCGCCCCAUCUGCAUCCCCUGCACCGAGGGGGCGUCGCGGGCGCUGCGGCUGCCGGAGAGGAGCUCGUGCCAGGACCACCGCCGCCUCCUGCUGCCCCCCAAGAACGUCGAGGCGUUUUUCCUGUCCCCCCCGCAGCGGCGCGGGGCUGCAGCGGCAGAAGGUGCUGCUCAAGCUGGGGGACCAGCGGGCUCUGUGCGAGGCCGAUGCCCUCCGGGCCACCCCCUACGCCAACGCGACCUCUCUGGCCGACGUGGUCACCCCCCGGUUCCUGUGCUCGGGGGGCACCGAGCCCCAGGUGGACCCCAACGCCUGCCCCGGCGACUCCGGGGGCCCCGUCGUCGUCACCUGGGGGAAGCGACACUUCCAGGUGGGCGUGGUCAGCUGGGGCGUGGUGUCCGGGUGCCGCCAGGGCCGGGCGCAGUCCCACGCCCGCGACUUCCACAUCAGCGUCUUCGAGGUGCUGCCCUGGCUGCGCGAGCGCCUGCGCGACGAGGACCUGGGCUUCCUGCCCUGAGCCGGACACGGCCGGACAGGGCUGGACACACCCUGGAACUACCCCGGAACCACCCUGGACACAGCUGGACACGGCCUGGACACAGCUGGACACAGCCAAACACCCCGGGAACCACCCUGGACACAACUGGAUACAGCCAAAUACCCCUGGAACCACCCUGGACAAAGCCAGGUAUCCCCAGGACUACCCUGGACACAACUGGACACAGCUGGACAUGUCCAGACACACCUGGGGACGCCUGGACACGGCCUGCACCCACCUGGACCCACCUGGACCCACCCUGGACCUACCUGGACCCACCUGGACACCCCCUGGACGCACCCUGGACACGCCCUCCCCCCCCGGUGUCACCGAGCACCCGCCACCAGCGGGACCCGGGAGGAUCCAGGAGGUCCCCGAGGUGUCCCCGGCGCGUCCCCAGCUCCCCCCGGUGACAAUAAAGGCGUCCCUGUCCCCCCCGGGUGCCCCCCCGCGCUGACCACGA